GCGCUUGUAGCGGUUGUCAGUGACAGUUGAGCUGUCGCGGCGUUAUGAUAUGUGGUAGAAGUUACUUGAUUUUUUUUUGAACGAGAAAAGCGUCCGUUACACCCGGCACCCGGUUCGAGUACGCGUGUAUAUAUGUUCAAUAGAAAUAAUAGCACGUGUACAAAGAGGGAGAUAUAUAUACGUGAUCGUGACGAUAUUUAUAACGGGACUCUUUAUAGAGAUUACAUCUAGACGAUCUCAAUAAAAAGGAAUUCGAAGAGGAUUAAUCGAAGAAGGUGACGACUCCGACAGAAAGAAUUUAAUUUUUAAUUUUAAAACCAAGUUUUAAUAACAAGAAGAAGAAGAAGAAGAAGAAAAAAAUAAAAACCAUAAAUAUGGCGCACGAAAAUGGUAUAAAUGGAGAUACAGAUUCUGAGACGGUUGAGUUGAAUCCUCUUAGAAGAACAAGAUUUCUCGUUAAUCGAGUGGACAGUGUAGAAGGUCGGACAAGUCUUUUGGGUGAACAGGAAACGAAAAAAUCUUUGAGACAUAUGACCAGAGAAGCUUUACCUAGGCUCGACAACUAUAGAAACAUUAUGAGCAUUCAAGCUGCACACAGACCAUCCCUCGAUGAACUCCACAAUCCUACUCUCCUUAACAAGACAUCCGGCUCGAACACACUGCCCAUAACAGAUGUAAAAUUACCGGUAUCGGGUGUCAAAUUUGGUUGGAUUCAAGGAGUUUUAAUGAGAUGCCUCCUAAACAUAUGGGGGGUUAUGCUAUUCCUUCGACUUUCUUGGGUAGUUGCUCAUACUGGUAUAGGACAAGCUAUACUUUUAAUUCUCACAACUACAGUAGUAACGACCAUAACGUGUUUAUCGAUGUCAGCCAUUAGUACGAACGGAUUGAUAAAAGCAGGUGGAACAUAUUAUAUGAUAUCCCGUUCACUUGGUCCUGAAUUUGGUGGUGCCAUAGGAUUAAUAUUUUCUUUAGCAAAUGCAGUUGCCUGUGCAAUGUAUGUAGUAGGGUUUUGCGAAAGUUUAGUUUUGAAUUGUCUUAAAUCAUAUCAACUGUGCAUACUUGACUGUGGCAGCUGGGAUAUGAAAAUUAUAGGUAGCUUGACCAUAGUUAUCCUUCUUGUGGUCAUAAUGAUUGGUUUAGAGUGGGAAGCCAAAGCUCAAGUCUUUCUUCUGAUCAUACUUCUUCUAGCCAUUUUUGAUUUUAUGAUUGGCACUAUUAUUGGGCCCAAGAGUGACGCAGAAAAAGCCAAAGGAUUUAUAGGAUAUAAUGCCAACUUAUUUGUGGAGAAUUUCAAGCCGGAUUAUAGAUACAGCGAAGGAGUGCAUCAUGAUUUUUUUUCAGUCCUCGCUAUCUUCUUUCCGGCAGCAACAGGUAUCCUGGCAGGUGCGAAUAUAUCCGGUGACUUGAAGGAUCCACAAUCGGCUAUACCUAAGGGAACUUUACUAGCGAUAUUAUUAACAACAUUAUCGUAUAUUCUUAUGGCAAUUAUGGUUGGAGGUAGCGUCAUGCGAGACGCUUCCGGUGAAAUAAGUGACAUAAGAACUGUUAAUAAUUCUUACAUCGUGCAAUCGUUAUUUGACGUAAGUAACGACACUUCAGCAGAAAAUUUGACCAUUACUGGAAAUUGGAACGAAACUAUUUGGAGUAUAUAUGAUACCAAAUUUAAUUGUACGUCCGGAUGUAACUAUGGAACUCAUAAUAGCUUUCAGGUAAUCGAAUUAGUAGCCGCUUUUGGUCCUUUUAUUUAUGCUGGCUGUUUCGCAGCAACCCUAUCAAGUGCCUUAGCUUCUUUGGUCUCAGCACCAAAAGUAUUUCAAGCUCUCUGUCUUGACAAUCUUUAUCCUGGAAUAGGAUGGUUUAGCGGGAAAAAAGAUAAGGAACCUAUUCGCGGAUAUUGUCUUACUUUCGUUAUUGCCUUUUCUUUUAUACUAAUCGGAGAGUUAAACGUUAUCGCUCCACUGAUAUCAAAUUUCUUCUUGGCUGCAUACACUCUUAUUAAUUUCAGUACUUUCCAUGCUUCUCUAGCAAGACCAAUUGGUUGGCGGCCAACAUUUAAGUAUUACAAUAUGUGGCUCAGUCUUGCCGGUGCUAUUCUAUGCGUUUCUGUGAUGUUCUUGAUCUCAUGGUGGACAGCCUUGAUUACCUUGUUCAUAGUUCUAGCGCUAUAUUUGGUAGUCUCGUAUAGGAAGCCUGAUGUAAAUUGGGGAUCUACCACGCAAGCCCAAUCGUACAACAAUGCCUUAACAGCGAUUCAACAAUUAGAUAGGGUAGAAGAACAUGUCAAAAAUUACAGGCCCCAAUUAUUAGUUCUUACUGGAAUACCAUCCACGAGAGUGUCGUUAGUCGAUUUUGCUCAUAACAUUACGAAAAAUCAAAGUUUAUUUAUUUGUGGACACAUUGUAGAAUCAUCGAUAUCGUACAAAACACGCAAUAACAUGGUAGCGAAAUGUACUUCGUGGUUCAGAGCGAAUAAAAUAAAAGCAUUUUAUUCCGUGGUCGAUGGUGCCAAUUUUCAAGAUGGUGCUACUUCUCUUUUACAAGCUGCCGGUUUGGGAAAAAUGAAACCUAAUAUUUUAUUGAUGGGUUAUAAACAAGAUUGGGCCUGCUGUUCGCGAGAGAAUUUGAACAUGUACUUUAAUACCAUGCACAAAGCAUUAGAUAUGCAUAUAGCUGUAGCUUUAUUACGAAUUCGUGAAGGAUUAGACAGUAGUGGAGUUAUAACUGAAGCUGAGGAACAAAAAAGAUUUACUCCUGUGGUUUUACCAGCAAAUCAAAGUUUCUCUCAACUUAGUCAAGCCAGUAGUACUUCAGACAUUUCAAUACCAGGAAGUCCUGCUCCAAAACGUUCAAAAGUAGUUAACGAAUAUCCAAAUCCAUGGGCGAGCGAACAAUCUCGUGAAAAUCAACAAAAUGUUAAUCCCAUAAGAAAGGAACUAUUUAAUGCUGUUGCAUUAUUUCAAAAGAAACAAAAAAAGGGAACAAUUGAUGUUUGGUGGUUAUAUGACGAUGGUGGUUUAACACUUUUAUUACCUUAUAUUAUUAGUACGAGGCGUAAUUGGUCGAAUAGUAAAUUAAGAGUUUUUGCUCUUGCGAAUAAAUAUUCAGAACUCGAGUACGAACAAAGGAAUAUGGCUAGUCUUUUGUCGAAAUUUCGGAUAGAUUAUUCGGCAUUAAAAGUAAUUCCGGAUAUAUCUAAACCAGCUCAAAACAGUACAAAAAAUUUCUUUGACACAUUGAUCAAUGAUUUCAAAGGAUCCGAUAAUACCAAAGAAUCUGACGAUGGCGUCAUAAAGGAAUCCGAACUUAUUGCGAUGAAAGAGAAAACAAAUAGACAUCUCAGAUUGAGAGAAUUGUUGCUUGAAAAUUCUAUGGAAGCAAAUUUAGUUGUUAUGACGUUGCCAAUGCCACGAAAAGGUGCAGUUUCCGCACCACUUUACAUGGCAUGGCUUGAAUCCCUAACGCGUGACAUGCCGCCAUUUUUACUUGUUCGAGGAAAUCAUACGUCUGUCUUAACAUUUUAUUCUUGAAUAUAAAUAUGAA